GUGCGAAUUCAGACUAUCUGGGAUCCGAAAGUUUCGUCAGGAAUUGGCCUGCAGCUCUCUCCUUUUCUCCGCAGCCUUGCCGCAGGUUCCAGUCUUCACUAAAUUGACAAGCAGGUGCCCACCAGGUCCAACACGAUGAUCGCGUCGUGAUUCUACCUCACCUUAUGCAUGCAGAUACCACAACAAGUGCUCGAGACAAAGUCAAAUUUACUUCACUUCACUGGCCGCCGCAAUUCAAAAUGUCGUUCCAAUUCUUCAGCCAACUCAAUUUUCAGAUCUGCAUCACUGUUCAACUGUCUUCGCUGACGCCACAACUUAGGAUCCCAUGGCCGACGACAUCAUAGAACAGUCCGGACCGAAGCAGGGUGUUACCCUGUUCUCAGCAGUACAAAGCCUUGAGGAUCAUGCUUUGGCCGAAUUGCUCUCCACACCAUCACGAAAGAAGCCUGAACAGAUCAUGACCUAUUGCGGCCGAGCCAUACAUAUCCCAGAAUCGGACACGACCAUGCACCGGAGCUACGAAACUGAACGUCAGAACUAUGCAUAUGCUCAGUGGAUCAAAGAGGAGGGAGAGAAACAGUUGCGGCUGUACCAGGAAGUGAAUCGUCAUGAACAAACGAGUUCACUAUCAGCAGGACAGUCCAUUCAAUCUCCCAAUCAGCACACACGGCCAAGCGCCCCAGUCUAUCCCGACCCUCAAGAUCCCGAAACACAGCAGCGCACGUUCUAUCGCAACCUAGCACGCGCCCCGGUGUUGAUUGCGCAUAGUAGCAGCAGCGGCAGCAACCUAGAUCACGGUACAGGAAGACCUCAGCAGGGCCCAUUGCAAAGACCAACAUUGCUGCAGAGCUUUCAAGGCUGUCCGCCAGAUGGCACUCCAGUCGGCGAUCCUGCUCACCAAGAGCCUCAGCAAGCAUCACCGCAGAAACCGACCCUGCUGCAGAGAUUCCAAGGCUACCCGCCAGAUGGAGUUCUGAGAGGUUACCCGCCAGAUGGAAGCCUAAACAGAAGCCCUGGUCCCUGGGACCUUCGCCAAGCACACCAUCAGGCAGCCCAGCAAGCAUCUCAUCGAUUGGGUGCCCAACUAGCAACCCGAGCACUUUACCAAGUGAUAAACCAACCACCUCCGCCGGCGACUCAACCUCCAAGUCAAACUCGGCAAGUUGUCGCAGACCUCCGACCACGACGCCCAGUCACGCCGAGCAAACUUCGCUAUGCGAAUGCUGUUGCACCAACACCUCCGAUGGAUGCAAGAGCCAACAUCCUACAGAUACUCCAGCAGGAUAAGCUUCGACGCAAGCCGAUGGUUCCGGCGAUUCGUCCAGCACCCAAUGUUGGUCCCAAUAGCAAGAGAGAUGCUACCCCUUCCGCACUUGAACAGGAGAGUCCUAGCAAGAGAAUCCGUCUGACGCAGGAGCCAACGGUCGAAGUUGUGGAUGGCAAGCCGUUCGCAACCACAAAGCAGACAGCACUCGAACCAGCGCCUCCAUCUCCCAUUCCAUUGGAAAGUACACCUGUGGUUCGGGUCCACCAGCAACCUCAAACUGAGACUCAACAAGUGCAGUACGAUAACGACCAAGAUGCGAAAUCUGGACGAUUGGACGCUACGACUCCGAGUACGGUUGGGUCAGACCAUGAAGACACACCAAUGCAGGAGCCAAAAUCUGCCGACUCUCCUAGCCUUUCAGACAUCAUUAGUAGUGAAACGCCGUCUGAGGCAUCAGAGGAGUCUGACGAGGAGUGGAGUCCAAGCCGCCGCUCUCAGCAACAGCGUACUAAUGUGCAGGACAGCCAGGAUCGACCGGUCACUAGACGUACGAGUACUUCACGACACCCGGACAUUUGGACUGGUUACGACGACAUGUAACUGGUUAGAGGCUGAUGGAGGAUUGUUGGUCUCGACUGAACGGAGUUGGAAUUGAGACUGCUUUGCUGUGGAGACCGACAGGCUGUAAUCAAUUCAUUUGUGAGAUUUGUACGGCGGAGCUUGGAUAUGAGGGACGUCAUCCAGUCA